AGCCCUAACAGCACCAGCAUUUGUAACCAAAUCACUCGAAGCGAGCAAAUCCAGCGGCAGUGCAAUCAAUCGGAGGAGCCAUGGCGGCACCCGAAACUCCUCUGUGUUACGUGGGUGUCUCAAGACGAUCCGCCGCUUUCAAUCUCAUGAAGCAAAUGGGAUGGGAAGAAGGUGAAGGUCUUGGUAAAGAUAAGCAAGGGAUCAAAGGGCAUGUUCGUGUCACCAACAAGCAAGACACUACUGGUAUUGGAUUAGAGAAGCCAAACCCGUGGGCAUUUGACACUACACAAUUUGAUAAUAUACUCAAGCGAUUGAAAGUGCAAGCGCCGGUUGCAAAUGACGCAGAUAGUAACACUGCUGAGGUGGAAACCGAGCUAGAUCAGGCUGUUGCAGUUGACCCUCCUGUUUCCGUAUCAAGGUCUACUAGACCACAAGGAAGAUACCAGAAAAGAGAGAGAGGAAAGCGCGUCUCUCAAUAUUCCUUAAAGGAUCUUGAAGGAAUUCUGGUUAAAAAAGGUGACAUAUCUGAGAAUAUUGACAAUGCUGAGGAUGACUUGGAUUCGUCAAAGACAUCUGAAACUCAAGAUUUUGAAGUUGAAGAAAGCAAAUGUCCUGAUAUCCAUCCAGAGUGGUGGGGCUUAAAGUUUGGGUUUGUCUCUGGGGGAUUACUCGGUGCAGCAUCAAAGAAGAGAAAGUCCUCUACAUCUGAAAGUGCUAAAGCCGGGAUGGCGAGAACCCCUUUUUUUGAACAAGAUCAAGAAAACCUCUACAACUUAGUCCAAGAUAAAGCCACAACAGGAAAGCAAGGAUUAGGCAUCAAAGACAGGCCCAAAAAAGUAGCUGGAUGCUAUUUCGAGGGUAAAAAGACGUCAUUUGGUAAUAGUGAUGAUGAAGAUUCUGGGGACGAAGAUUCUCUGGAAAACGAAACAGAUGAUGAUGAGGAAGAAAAGAAAAAGAUUGUUGAACCCAAAUUGAAGCUGAAGAAGUUGUGUAAACAAAUUUUAAAACAGGUUCCUGGAAAAUCAUUGAAGCUGAAACAGCUGAAAGUUCUUGUUGAACAACAUUCAUCUUCAGUUUUGUCUGAUUAUUCUAAAAAAGAGGCUAUUGCUUACUUGAAGCAAAAGCUGGCAGGCAGUAAGAACUUUUGUAUUGAAGGGAAAACAUUGAGAUUGGCAUCCAAGAGAAGUUGAAAUUUUGAUACAUUUUUGGCGGCUUUUCUUAUUCUUUUCAUGCUGGGGAGAAAAAAGGGUUAAGUGUUCCUAGAUUGCAUUGGUUGGAGUUCUUAGAGUAUAGGCACAUUUCAUUUCAUUGCUUAUCUCUCCCGCAAGAAGUGUUGUAAUAAUAGGUUAAUGGUUACAAAUUUUUAAUAGCUUUUUGUUAAUUUGAGUUUAUAAUUAUUUUUAAUUGUUAGUUAAAAAUGUGCCAAGUGUGUGUAUUCAUUGGAUUAGAUAUUGAAAUAAUUGUUGUGCUGA